CAACCAUUGGGUGCCCAGGAUGGAAACUGCUCCCCCUCAUCUGGAAGACAACGUGGGGCUUGUCUUCAGGGCGCUGUGGUCGGAUGCUGAAGCAGCAGCCCCUUUCUCAGGCUUUCUGUAGCCAGCCUGUGUUGGAGAAAAGGGCGGCGCCCCAUGCCCUCGCAGGCCCAGGACGAUGGAAGGACAAGGGGUAGGCAGGAUGCUCAGGCUGCUCCCCAGAUGGCUGCCUCGACUCCGCGCAGGGUCUGUCCAGGGCAAUCCGGGGGAAGCUGCAAAGGAGCCAGAAAGGGCCCCAGAGCACUGUUUGUCCAGCUUCGGUGGAGGGCAGCACUUUUUUGAAUACCUCCUGGUGGUUUCCCUCAAAAAACAGCGGUCAGGGGAGAAUUAUGAGCCUACGAUCACCUACCAGUUUCCCAAGCGGGAGAACCUGCUUCGGGGCCAGCAGGAGGAGGAGGAGCGGCUGCUCAGUGCCAUCCCCCUGUUUUGCUUCCCAGAUGGGAACGAGUGGGCACCACUCACCGAGUAUCCCAGGGAGACCUUCUCCUUCGUCCUGACCAAUGUGGAUGGGAGCAGGAAGAUCGGAUACUGCAGGCGCCUCUUGCCUGCCGGCCCUGGCCCUCGGCUCCCCAAGGUGUACUGCAUCAUCAGCUGCAUCGGCUGCUUCGGCCUGUUCUCCAAGAUCCUGGAUGAGGUGGAGAAGAGGCACCAGAUCUCCAUGGCGGUCAUCUACCCGUUCAUGCAGGGCCUCCGGGAGGCGGCCUUCCCUGCUCCUGGGAAGACUGUCACUCUCAAGAGCUUCAUCCCUGACUCGGGCACUGAGUUCAUCUCCUUGACGCGGCCCCUGGACUCCCACCUGGAGCACGUGGACUUCAGUUCUCUGCUGCAGUGUCUCAGCUUUGAACAGAUUCUUCAGAUCUUCGCCUCUGCAGUGCUGGAGAGGAGAAUCAUCUUCCUGGCCGAAGGUCUCAGCACCCUGUCUCAGUGCAUCCACGCCGCCGCCGCGCUGCUUUACCCCUUCAGCUGGGCACACACCUACAUCCCCGUGGUCCCCGAGAGCCUCCUGGCCACUGUCUGCUGCCCCACUCCCUUCAUGGUUGGAGUCCAAAUGCGCUUCCAGCAGGAGGUUUUGGAGAGCCCCAUGGAAGAGGUCCUGCUGGUGAAUCUUUGUGAAGGAACCUUCUUAAAGUCAGUUGGUGAUGAAAAAGACAUCCUACCGCCCAAGCUUCAGGACGACAUCUUGAGCUCUCUCAGUCAGGGGAUCAGUGAGUUACAGACUUCUGAAAAAAUCAACGAGCAUGUCUCAGGCCCUUUUGUGCAGUUCUUUGUCAAGACUGUGGGACACUACGCUUCCCAUAUCAAGCGGGAGGCGAGUGGGCAAGGCCACUUCCAAGAACGGGCCUUCUGUAAGGCUCUGACCUCCAAGACCAAGCGGCGAUUCGUGAAGAAGUUCGUGAAGACUCAGCUCUUCUCCCUUUUCAUCCAGGAAGCGGAGAAGAGCAAGAACCCUCCGGCAGGCUAUUUCCAACGGAAAAUACUUGAACAUGAGGAACAGAAGAAACAGAAGAACUCGAGGUAAAGACUGUGAAGUAAGACCCUUGGUGAACAGCAGUGAUGGGAUCUGCGACCGGUUCUGGACUUUGGCCUGGAACCACGUGGUAGGACCGGCCGAGGGCUCAGCCCCAGGAGUCCAGGCUUCUUCUGCCUCUUGCUUCAAGCUGACGUCCUGAGUCUGGGAUCCAUGGAAUCUGCUUUCUCAAGACGUUGGAAGCCUUGACCUCUGGGCUCACAGAGCAGCGCUGGCUUUCAGCAGAGGCGACGCAGAGCAGGGAACAGUAGCACAGGUGUUACAGACUUAGAAGCUGCUGUAGCCGCCCCGUCCCAGGAACCGCCAUUACCAAAUCCUCCAGAGCAAGCGGCUGUGGACACGUGAGGAUAAGAAUAAAAUGAAAGCCUUCUGUUGUC